UUGCAACAACGGAUCUCGUACACCGGUGGAGUUGAGAAAAUAGUAGCUCAACCGCAGCAGGAAGGCCCCGAGCAAUUCGGGGCCUUCAAUCGUUUCAGGACGGUGGACUUGAGCCACCACCUCUCCCCUCACGCGCCGCAUUGGCCGGGCGACCCGCCCACGGAAUUCAAGCCGUGGUCGGAAUUCGAGCGAGACGGCUACUACCUGCGCCGGUUCUCGAUGAGCGAACACGGCGGCACACACCUGACAGCACCCGCCAGUUAUUACCCGGACGGAAGGACCGUGGAGCAAUACACUGCCGCUGAACUGUUCAAACCGGCCGUGGUCAUCGACGUUCGUGACCGCUGCCGCUCCGAUCAAGACUACGCCCUGACCGUCGAAGCUCUGGCGCAAUGGGAGUCGCGACACGGGAAAAUACCCCCGGACUCCCUCGUCCUGCUCCAUUCCGGCUGGCACCAGCACUGGAACGAUCCCGAUGCCUAUCUUGGCACGGACGCCGAUGGCACUCUGCACUUUCCCGGAUUCGGCUUGGACGCCGCAACCCUGUUGAUCAGCGAGCGCGGCGUUGCCGGCCUUGGGACGGAUACGGCGGGCGUGGAACCGGGCAUCGACAGCAGCCUCGCCGUCAGCAGGCUGGUCCUCUCCCGGCCCCGCAUCGUCCUCGAAAACCUCGCCAACCUCCAUCAGCUCCCGCCCGUUGGCGCGUGGGUGCUGAUUGGCGCGUUGAAGCUCGCCGGAGGGAGCGGCAGCCCGGCGGCAGUGACCGCCCUCCUUGCCACGGCAAAAACGUAG